GUCAUGGGCGGGACUUACUGUAACGCAAGACGCGGAAACUCGAUUCAGUUCGUUGGGUCAAACUAUUUUACAUUCAGAAAUAAUGGUACACCACGAAUUGACUGCACGUCUCAAUGAUGGUGGGUAUAAAAACUGGCUUAAGGCUGGAAUCUGUCUGCUCCAUCUACGGGAAGGGUUGCACGCGUUCACUAAUAGGGAGAUGAGACGUUUCCAUGAAAAUCUACUCAAUCGAAACCAGAGCCUCCGGCGGCCGUGUCAGCGUUCUUGCAGACCUAAAAACAACCAGCUGUAUUCUGAGUGUGUGGUGUGUGCGGAGUGGCGGUCAGAGAUCUUAAAGCAUCACACACAUCCUGCGGGGACAGUAAACUGGGGGAACUGCAGACCCCAACUCUGGUCACAAGACCACUGGGAACUGGCAAAGGCCUACAUGCCUCGGGGGCAAACUGGGGAGAAGGGCUCAGAUAAGUGUGAUGCCUCAGCUCUGCUUAACCUCCUCAACUACUGUGAUCACUUCAGCUACAUAGACCAGGAACGGGUCAGAAAGGUGAUCCAUUGCAGAAAUGAGCUGAUGCAUUCCUGUGGUAUGCAGGUUGGUGAUGAGUGGAUGAGGCGAUACAAGGCGUGCUUGGAAAGGCUCCUGCAGUUGCUCACCAAUGUUCCAGAGGUGGCAGCAGCCAAUCAGCAAAUACACAAGACGCUGACUGCUGAGUGGUCAGUCUGUGUUUCUGGGGUGGAUCAAGUGGACAUGUCUGGGGAGGACAGACUUGAAAUUGAUUGUAUGAGCCAAUGGGAAAUUGAGGCUGGCUCCAUUAGCCAAUGGGAAGUAGAGCUGCUGAGAGAACGGUUGCAGGAAGUGCAGUUUAACGCUGAUGCACAGGAGUUUGGGGAGAUGCAGAGCCUGAGGGAGUUUCUUCUUGCCAACCCAGAUCUUGGAGAGCAGUUGUCUCCAGAGCUCCUAGAGAUCACCUCACUGGGGAGGAAAAGAAAGAGAGAGGAGCAGAGUGAGCCUGUUCAGGACUGAUGUUACCUUGGGAGAUCUAGGAUUUCGCCUCAGUCCAUCCUUACCCUGUGUAUAAAUCCUUAACAUGACCUCUGUUUAGUGUAGCUGCGGGCUUGCCUCGUGAAUACAUCUCCAUAAAACAUCAGAGGCACGUAAAUUCAAAAAUGCGUUUUAACUGUUCGUCCGGAAUUUAGGUAUCUUAUUGUUCACGUAGAAGCCUUUUCUCUAUGUAUACAGGCUACAUAUUGCAUUUUAUUAGACUCUUCAACCUCUUGUGUUUCUACUUUGUUUAUGCAGCCUAUGAAGGAUUACUGAAAAUCAUAAAUGUUUGUUAAAUGUCUGUUCUUAUGACUCUUUUGCAAUAAACAGUGUACCUAGUGAAUGAGGUUUGCUGCAUUGA